AUGUUGAGCCAAGACCCACACAAACUUACACAAUGCAGAUAUUCAAACAACUUUCAAAAUAUUUCAAAUUCAAUUAUAUCAAAAACACAGAGUAUCGUGACUAACGUGUUUUCAUUAAUGUUACAAAUGCAAGAAUUACAAUGUUGUGUUGAAGAAUUGAAAAGUAAAUCUGAAGGCUCACUUUCUUCUACUUCAUUUAAUCAUCAACUCAAAAUAUUUUCGACAACCAACGAAUCUGUGUGCAAAAUCUGUCAUUCUUAUCAAAACGCUUUAAGUACUUUAGGAGACACACUUAAAAUGGACCUUUGGGAAGAAGAGUUAUCAGAAGAUGGAGAUGUAAAAAUGCAACAAUUGUAUUUUAAAACUCGAAUAACAACAUAUAUCGCAUUUUCAAAGUGUUUGUCUAAGUUUUCGGAUGUCCAUACAAACAUAACUUCUUUUUUGAAUUACUUUUCAAAAGAAGACAUACAAAAAAUACAAAAGGUUUCCAAUUCUCUUAAAGAAGAAAGAAUGUGUUAUUUGAAAUGCAAUUUUAAAGAGAGUAACAACACACAAAUUUUUUCAGAAAACGAAAAAAUCCCUCCUGCAAUUAUGAAAUGUAUGUAUACUUUAUAUUACACUCCACAACCAAUUGAAGGCAUUUUCAGAAAAUCACCAGUUAAUAAAACAUUCCCUUUGACUGUCAAAUAUAUUGGAGCGCUCGAUGUUCAAUGUCUUCAACCAGACGAUAUAGCAGGCGUCAUUAGAAAUUAUUUACUUGAAAUUGGGUCUUUAUGGGAAUCAAAAAACGUUCCUCUGAUCAUCGAAGCCACAAUAGAAAGUAGUAUAGAUGAAAGUGAAUGGAUUUGUAAAGUACAAAAUAUUGUUUGCACAAUUCCACAGCACAAACAAAAUAUGUUAAAACACAUCCUUAGUCUCUGUGGACGAAUCACACAGAACGCUACUUCUAAAAUGACUUCGUACAACCUUGCUGUGUGUAUUGGAUUAUCUGUGUUAGUUCCAGACGAUUGUGUGGAUAUGAUAAAAGAUGAAACACAAAUUAUUAUUAAAGCAUUCGAACUUAUGGAAAAUUACAGAGAAGAGUUGUUCCCUGAUAUCAGUGAAACAUUUAAAACACAUUUAAACAUUAUUUACAAACAAUUCCCAAUUUACGAAGAUGUGUUUUGUAAUAAAAGAAACAUGGUAUUGUUUAAGGCUGGAAAACCAAAUUUAGGAGAAAGAAAGUCGAUACCUUCAGUUAAUAUUGGCAACCAUAUGAGAAGUGUUGUAUGA